AUGGGCGCCUUCCCCCGGAUCCUCUCGCCUGCUGCUGCUGCAGUUGCGGCUCCUGCUGCUGCUGCUGCUGCUGCUGCUCCUGCAUGCUUUCCAGCUGUUCGUUGCUGCAGCAGCCGUCAUGCCUCCGUCUACAGCAGCAGCAGCAUCAACAACAGCCGCCAGUGCAGCAGAAUCCGCAGCGUGAGCCCUGCAUGCACGUGGGGCUGGCAGCAGCACCUGCAGCAACAGCAGCAGGUGCAGCAGCAGCUGAAGCAGCAGCAGCAGCACGUACAGAAGAAGGAGCUGGUUCAGCUGUUGAAGCAGCGGCGGCAUUUGUUUGAUCUGCCUGCUUCCAUCGUGGGUUGGGGGCAGCAGCAGCAGCAGCAGCAACAGCAGCAGCAGCAGCUGCUGCAGCAUCAAGAGCGCCGGGACAGCGCAGUCUUGGGUUUGUCUGUCCCUUCUUCUUCUGUCUCUUCGUCUGAGGAGACAGUUUCUUGCUGCUGCAUGCAUGCAAACAGCAGCAGCAGCAGCAGCAGCAGCAAACAGCCGGAGGCGUUUCACGCUCGCUUGACUCUGUCUUUAGGGCUUAUAGAAGACGAAUUUGUUUCUAGGGUUUGCUGCUGCAGGUGUACAGACACCUGGCAUAUUUGCAGCAAAGCAGUCGGCUCCAAAGUGUUUAAAGUCCUUAAGAUAGGGCGUCUCUUUCUCACUGAAGUUGCUGCGAGGACUGCUGCUGCAUUUGACCGCCGCGUUGCUGCUGUCUUCCCUAAACCCCCCUCAGCAGCAGCAGCAGCAGCAGCAGCAGCUGCUGCUGCUGCUGCAUCAGCAGCAGCAACAACAAAAGCAACAGCAACGGAGGGAGCACUAAAAGCGUGCAGCAAUCCUAACCCAGAGGAAGCCAAAGGCGCAGCAGCAGCUUCAGAGGGUCGUGUGUCUACAGCAGCGGUGCAGCAGCAGCAGCAGCAGCAGCAGCAACGGCAGCAGCAGCAACAGCAGCAACAGCAGCAGCAGGGAAGUGGCACGACUGAGUGGGUGCUGUCGCCUGGGGCACUUCAAGGUCUGUGGCAGCCCGUAGAUGUUGCGUUGCUGCUGCGCCGACUGGAGAUGCUGCAGCAGCCUCAGUUGGGAGCAGCAGCAACCAAGCCCAGCAGCAGCAGCAGCAACAGCAGCAGCAGCAGCAGCAACACUGCAGGGUUAACGCGUGAGGAGGCCCGCUGUCUCCGCAUGCUCUUGUGCUGCCCUUUGGGGCUGCAGGCGGUGGGGGGGGCUUUCCUUGCUUUCGAUUCUGUGCUGCAGCAGCAGCAGCAGCAAGAGCAGCAGCAAGAGCAGCAGCAGCAGCAGCAGCAGCAGCAGCAGGCCUUGCUGACGGCACUGCGGGACCUGUCGCAUGCGACUGCUUUGGUGGAGUUGACUAGCAGCAAACGCAUGCAGCAGCAGCCCCAAACUGAAGAGUAA